AUGCCUUAUCAAGCCUUUUCUGAGACAGGUGAUACUGUUGUUAACAUGGAGGAUGAGGAAGGAGUUAACGAGAAUAGCCCUUUGUAUCCCUUUGGUGUUCCUGUUAUUUUAUUGAAUGUUAAAUCUCAAAUGGCAUUUGUUCGUAAAGUUUGUAUGAUCUUUGCAUUGCAACUUAUAGUCACUAUAGCAUUUACAGUUUUAUCACUUAUUUUGUUGGUUGGAAUUACAUGGAAAUCAAAUGAUAGUUUUCAACCGCCUUGGUAUUUAGUUGUUUUAUACACUCUACUUAAUGCUGUUAUUAUUGCUGCUCCUAAUUUAAAAGUAAAGCAACAAUUGAUUGCAAUAACCACUUUGGUUUUACAUCCAUGGUUUUUUACAUUUUGGGAUGCUAUACCAGCAGUUAUUUUCUCAACUUUAUUAUCACUCUUUGUUAUAUUGGAUAAUUGGUAUAUGUUGAAAACAAUGAGUAAGGAUGAUUAUAUGGCUGCCAGUAUGCAAACCUACUUGGAUUUAAUAGUACCAUUUAGAAACAAAUCCGCCCAUAUGGAUGAUGACGAUGAUAAUAAUAAGGGUCUUCAAACCGAUCCAUCGAAAGCAACUCCCACCACUUUCAACUCUGUUACUUAUGAUCAACCUUACAGUCUGAAAGAAGGCUCGAAAAAAUCAUUUAAAAGAACUAUUUCGAUUGAAAGGCUAGCUAAAGUAGAAGAAAAACUAGAACGUCAACGUAAAAAAUUGGAAAAAAAAGCAGAAAAACAAAGAGUCAAGCAAAUUCAACAAAUUAACAAAAAAAAAUUUGAAAAAUUUGAUAUGACGCGAGAAUUGAUUGCCGAUAUUGAAGCUUCUUUAAUGGAAGGAACUUUUGGUUCUUUGAUACAAUCUAAUUUAGAAUCAAAAUUUAUAACAAUUAAUACAAUUCAACACAAUAUUUCAAAGAUCAUUAAAUGGAGAAGAAAAGUUAGCGCAGAAUGGGAUGAUGAACUUGAUGCUUUCAUGCCAGUACCUGAAAAAAUUCAUGAUGAUGUUUAUUUAAUGGUUUAUCUUCCAAUUUCAGAACUGGGCAAGAUCAUUGGGCAAAAUUCCAUGAAAGAUUAUCUACAAAAUUUGAAAAAUGCAUUUACUAAUAAAAAGUUGAUUAUUUUAAUAGAAGGUUUUGAAGAAUAUUGCAGAAAGAAAAGAUUACAUCACAAUCGUAAUUUUACUAAUGCAGUUCGUGCAAAAAUUAAUGAAAAUCAAGAAGAAGAUCAAGAAACAAACGAAAUUCAAAGGCACAAGAAAAAACAGCCAGCCAAUAAUAAUAAUUUGGGACCUGAUCCUGAAAAAAUUGAAGAAGAAUUGAUCUGGCUUCAAAUUAUUGGGAAAUGUUCCAUUGUUCACACAAAAGAUAUAAGUGAUACAGUUGAAACUAUAGGUUUAUUCUCAGUAGACAUCUCAACAAUUCCUUACAAGAAUCGAAAUGGAAAUUUGAACUUUUUGAUUGAAGGUCAAAUUCGAACUGGAGUUGAUGCUGGUGAUACAUGGUUACGUAUGUUGCAGGAAAUACAAUUUGUUGCCCCUUCUGUAGCAAAAGGAAUUGUUAAUAAGUAUCCAACAAUCAAGUCAUUGUAUUAUGCAUAUAAACGAUGUAAAGAUAAAGAAGAAGCCGAAAAAUUGUUAACAAGUAUAGAGAUUUCAGGUAUUUGGUUGGGACAAAGAGGUAGAUACAUUAAUAAAUCAAUUUCAAAAAGGGUCUAUGAAAUAUUAAUGGGAAGAAAUCCUAAUAUGGUGAUCUCCUAA